AUUCCGCCCCCUAAUUCUUCUUCGUUCGUGAACUCGUUUCCGUUCGCCCACCCGGAAAGCGCAGGGCCAUGUGUCUGUCACACAUUCUGCUGUGAGUAGGAGAGAUUUCGCAGGUUCCGCUGAAUUUCCAAUCUCUGUGGCGGUUAGGUGGUGCUACUGAGAAAUCGGAACCAGACUGUCAGGACAUUCGGAUGCUUGCAAGCUGUAGACACAGACUAUGUGAUAGCCACAUGUGGGACCGAUCUUAGCUGAGCUGAACUGAACUGAAGUGAGCUGAGCUCAGUGAAAAUCCGGAGCGACCUGGACGGAAGCGGAGUCAGCUUGUUGCGCGUGCUUGAAGCUUAGAGGAUCCUUCCUUCGCUGCUGGAAUUCGCGCGAUUCUGGUGCUUUCAGUUACAGGUGAAUAAAGCAUGGAAGGAAGGGGCCUGCAGCGCGCUGCCCAGCUGGCGAGGCACAUCUGCGCAAACCAAGGGGCGAGCCAGUUUGAACGUAUCCAUAAGCUUGAAGAUCCCUUGAAACCUGUUCAGUGGAGAUCUUGUUCGGUGGGAGGUGUUGACUUUGAGGAGAUUUUGUAUGAAAAAUCUGUUGGUGAGGGGAUAGCAAAGGUGACCAUCAACAGGCCAGAGUGCCGAAAUGCCUUCACUCCAAAGACCGUGGAGGAGAUGCAGCGUGCCUUUCAGGAUGCUCGUGACGACAGCGAUGUUGGUGUCGUGAUUUUAACAGGCAAGGGAACGAAAGCGUUCUGCAGUGGAGGAGACGUUGCUGUCCGCUCAAAGCAGGGCUAUGUUGGUGAUAAUCAGAUUCCUAGACUGAAUGUCCUAGAUUUGCAGAUACAAAUUCGGAGACUUCCGAAGCCGGUCAUAUGUAUGGUUGCAGGGUAUGCCGUUGGAGGUGGACAUGUUUUACAGCUCGUUUGUGAUCUUACUAUUGCAGCAGACAAUGCUGUUUUCGGCCAGACCGGACCGAAGGUCGGGAGUUUCGACGCCGGCUUCGGAGUUAGUGCUAUGACUCACAUGAUCGGUGCAAGGAAGACUAGGGAGGUUUGGUUUCUGACACGUCUAUACGACGCCCAGGAGGCUCUGAGUAUGGGCCUUUGCAACACUGUUGUACCGCUGGACAAAUUGGAGGAGGAGACAGUGAAGUGGUGUCGUGAGAUACUGCAAAAUAGCCCUACAGCUAUCCGAGUCCUCAAGGCAUCUAUCAAUGCCACCGAAGCCAACUCCGAUGCUCAGGCGAUGGCUGGAAACUCGACGCUCAUCUUCUACAACUCGGAAGAAGCUGAAGAAGGAAGGAAAUCGUACUUGGAGAAACGAAAGCCAGAUUUCUCAAAGUUCAAAAGACUUCCUUGAGUCCGCUUCAACGCGUUGCUUGGAAGAUCACACUCGAGGCAAUGAAUGCCCUUCGUAGAUGAGACCGCCGUCGAUGAGCUCACCUCUGUGGUCUGAAUUCUGAGCUCCAAUGAGCUUCCGCCGUGCAGUGACAAAUUGAGUACAAACACCAGCUCCAAAUAUAAGCAGAGACUUUUGUCCGUGAUUCUUAUAAGGGAAGUGCUAUUGCAUUCACCUUGCUGUAGGGAGCUGGGUAAGGUCGUUCACCUUCCAAAAUUCGAUCAUCACCAAUAAAAAAAAAGUUCUCCAUCUCAACGAAGUCCGUGGAGGCUUCUCGGAAACAUCAG